AUGGAUGUUAAUAUCUAUUUACCAAGGCAAUAUUACGAAAAGACUCAAAGUAAAGCUAUCCCAACUAUUUUCUACCUAUCCGGUUUAACGUGCACCCCAAACAAUGCAUCAGAGAAGGGCUUCUGGCAAUUCCAAGCCGAUAAGUACGGUUUCUGUAUAGUUUUCCCUGAUACAUCCCCUCGUGGUGAAGGUGUUCCAACAGAUCCAGAGAAUAGCUGGGAUUUUGGUAUUGGUGCUGGGUUUUACGUCAAUGCCACAAAACAACCUUUCAAUAAGAAUUAUAACAUGUACCAAUACGUUCAUUUCGAGCUUCCCAAUGAAUUGAAUACAUAUUUCAAUAAGGAGACGGUUGAGAUUGAUUUCCUUGAUAAUGUUUCCAUUGCUGGCCAUUCAAUGGGGGGUUUUGGUGCACUUUCUGGUUACAUGAAGAAUCUAUCAAAAUACAAGUCAUGUUCAGCCUUUUCUCCAAUUGUGAAUCCAAUGAAUGUUCCAUGGGGUCAAAAAGCUUUCAAUGGAUAUUUGGGUGAUAAUAAGUCAGAAUGGAAGGAAUAUGAUCCAUGUGAAUUGGUCAAGACCGUAAAGAAUACAGAAAAUAAGACUAUCUUGAUCCAUGUGGGUACAAGCGAUCCAUUCUUGGAAAAGCAGUUAAAACCAACUAGUUUAUUAGAAGCUAGUAAAGGUACUACUUGGGAAGAUCACAUUAAUUUGAAAUUUGCAGAGGGAUUUGAUCAUUCCUACUUUUUCAUCAGUACCUUUGUUCCAGAGCAUGCUGAGUUCCACGCAAAGCAUCUUGGACUAAUUUAG